GCUGCGCAGAAUAACUGCGCAUCAUCGUGCGAGAGAUAGUGGCCGAAUUGCCAAUAGGAAAGUAUUGGACCUAAUUUUCUGAACAUAAUUAACAAUGGAAAAAAAAUGGUAACCAAAAAAUCUUGUAAGGGACAAUGAGUUUACAACUCAAUUAUAGUGGCAAUGGCAGUUCGGAGCGGGAGGACGCGGGAGGAACUGAUGAAACAGGUGAACACGACUUUGCGCUUAUAAAAGCUGGGGUUUUGGGAUUGAUUUUUGUCUUAGCCACAUGUGGGAAUUUGUGCCUUCUGCAUGCACUUUGGAGGAAGCGCAAGAUGAAUACAAAGACCCAACUGUUCCUUCUGCACCUGUGUUUUGCGGACCUAGUGGUCGCUUUCUUCCAAGUCCUACCGCAGCUCUGCAUGGAGAUUACGCACCGGUUCCGGGGCUCAGAUUUCGUCUGUAGGUCGGUGAAAUAUCUUCAGGUAGUUGGGAUGUUCGCCUCCACAUACAUGAUAGUGGCCAUGACCAUAGAUCGGUACCAUGCGGUCUGCAAACCCAUGGUGUCGUUCUUGAAGGGUUCUUUUAAGAGGUACGUCGCCAUAGGCGCAGCGUGGCUGGUCUCUCUGGCUUUCAGCACUCCGCAACUCUUCAUCUUCUCUCUCCAAGAACUCGAGGACAACCUGUAUGAUUGUUGGGCGACAUUUAUCGAACCUUGGGGUUCUAAGAUAUACAUCAGCUGGAUUACUUUAUCAGUGUUUGUUCUCCCGGUUAUCAUCUUGCUGUACUGCCAGAUUAAAAUAUGCACGGGGAUAUACUUUAACAUGAAGAGAAAGGCGCUCCAGGCUUCCACGAGCGACAGGCGCACGGGCACCAAAGGGGUCUCGAGCGCGAUGUUGAAGACGGUCAAAAUGACAUUCGUCAUCAUUAUGGUCUACUCCAUAUGCUGGAGCCCCUUCUUUGUGGUCCAGUUGUGGUCUGCAUGGAGUCCCAGUACAGCGCCCACAAAUGGUCCACUGUUUGUCAUCAUCAUGCUGCUUGCCAGUCUAAACAGCUGUACCAACCCCUGGAUCUAUCUUUACUACAGCUAGGAGACACUAUGUUGGACUAGCUCUGGCCCAGGGCGCUACUUUCAGCUCCACAGAAGUCUCAGCAUCAGCAAGCCACACAUAACACCAUGGACCAGAGCUAUUGAUUGACCAUGUGGGUAAUAGGGGAACUCCUCCUACUCCACUGCUUCACCUUGUACUUUAUAUAGCAUUUCUUUGAUGUCAUUGAAGACCUAUGGUUUAGACAUAUGGAAAUAUUUGUAAAUAUCCUCGUUGAUUCAACAUCAAUAUUGGUAUGUCAAGCUGACCAUUUUAGCUCUCAGCAGUAAGCAAAUGUAAUGUAUAUUCUGUCAAGCUAAUAUUCUAUAAGAGGUGCAGGUGCUCCUGUCCUAAUCAAUCACUGAUUAUCUGGGAUGAGCUCCUGUCCUAAUCAAUCACUGAUUAUCUGGGAUGAGCUCCUGUCCUAAUCAAUCACUGAUUAUCUGGGAUGAUCUCCUGUCCUAAUCAAUCACUGAUUAUCUGGGAUGAGCUCCUGUCCUAAUCAAUCACUGAUUAUCUGGGAUGAGCUCCUGUCCUAAUCAAUCACUGAUUAUCUGGGAUGAGCUCCUGUCCUAAUCAAUCACUGAUUAUCUGGGAUGAGUUCCUGUCCUAAUCAAUCACUGAUUAUCUGGGAUGAUCUCCUGUCCUAAUCAAUCACUGAUUAUCUGGGAUGAUCUCCUGUCCUAAUCAAUCACUGAUUAUCUGGGAUGAUCUCCUGUCCUAAUCAAUCACUGAUUAUCUGGGAUGAUCUCCUGUCCUAAUCAAUCACUGAUUAUCUGGGAUGAUCUCCUGUCCUAAUCAAUCACUGAUUAUCUGGGAUGAGCUCCUGUCCUAAUCAAUCACUGAUUAUCUGGGAUGAGCUCCUGUCCUAAUCAAUCACUGAUUAUCUGGGAUGAUCUCCUGUCCUAAUCAAUCACUGAUUAUCUGGGAUGAGCUCCUGUCCUAAUCAAUCACUGAUUAUCUGGGAUGAGCUCCUGUCCUAAUCAAUCACUGAUUAUCUGGGAUGAUCUCCUGUCCUAAUCAAUCACUGAUGAUCUGGGAUGAGCUCCUGUCCUAAUCAAUCACUGAUGAUCUGGGAUGAGAUCCUGUCCUAAUCAAUCACUGAUUAUCUGGGAUGAUCUCCUGUCCUAAUCAAUCACUGAUUAUCUGGGAUGACUGGCCACCAGAAAAACUAUUGUGAGGAAGGAUAUGGGCAUCGGUGAACAACGAAUGGUUGCUUUGUGAGUAUAAUGUAUAUUCUUAUGAUUAUCUGGUCCAUAUAUUUAUUGAUGUGUUUGAGCUCUGACGUGUCUUUACAUAGAUAUCUGUAUGUUCUCUGUUUUGUGUAAUGCAACAAUAAAACACGUCUGCACAUGAUUUGAAUAAUUCACUGAACAAGUCUGAAUGUAUCUAUCUACUAAUACGAACAUUAUUUAAAAACCCCUGGUGCAAAACUCUGUUCAGGAGGAGUGUAAAUGUGUUUUAUGUUGAACACUAGUCUGUUCAGGAGGAGUGUAAAUGUGUUUAAUGUUGAACAUUAGUCUGUUCAGGAGGAGUGUAAAUGUGUUUCAUGUUGAACACUAGUCUGUUCAGGAGUGUAAAUGUGUUUAAUGUUGAACACUAGUCUGUUCAGGAGUGUAAAUGUGUUUCAUGUUGAACACUAGUCUGUUCAGGAGUGUAAAUGUGUUUCAUGUUGAACACUAGUCUGUUCAGGAGGAGUGUAAAUGUGUUUAAUGUUGAACACUAGUCUGUUCAGGAGGAGUGUAAAUGUGUUUUAUGUUGAACACUAGUCUGUUCAGGAGUGUAAAUGUGUUUAAUGUUGAACACUAGUCUGUUCAGGAGGAGUGUAAAUGUGUUUCAUGUUGAACAUUAGUCUGUUCAGGAGGAGUGUAAAUGUGUUUUAUGUUGAACACUACUCUACUGUUGUGUUGAUUGCUGCUGCCUUCUCAGCCAGGCCUCCCGUGAGACUCUGUGUCUCAACUGGC